AAACAAUGACAUCACCCAUUAAGCUCAGUAACCCAGACAUACUGUAAUAUAAUGAUGACCAUUAAAAAUUGGAUCAAAGGCAACCCUAACCAAAGUUCGCAGUUCUACCAAAUUAUCAACGCCAAAAAAUAUGUACUUGAAGACUUUUUUAGCAAAUAUCAAGUGGCUGGUUUGGAUAGUGACACUCUUCCUGAUCUUUAAGAAUGUGAUGUGUGCAGAAAUAACUCACAGUCUUAACGAUGUUGAGGUAAUGGAGGAUGGAGAGGCAUUUUUAAUUUGUACCGUCAAACUGGAGGAACCUGAUGUGAACCUUGAUCUAGCAUGGGAAAGAGACCAUGAGUUCAUUGCUCUUGGGACCACAGUGUUCAUUGAAAAAAAACGAUAUUCAGUUAAUGUGACCAUCAAGGAAGAUAAGGAAGAUGAGUUUUACAAAUACAAGACUAGCAUUCUAAGAAUAAGGAAAGCUAGGCUGGAAGAUGCAGGCAUGUUAAUGUGCUACCUACAUUCAGAUAAAUAUGUAUCGGUGGCAACAUCCGCAGAUCUUGUCGUCCUAAGAUCUAUUCCUAGGCCGCGGUGUAGCAAAGUGCCAAUGAUGAUGAUCAUUGGAGAAAAAGUAACAUUAUCCUGUACAGCUAAACAACUCUCAUACCCAAUUGAACUCCACUGGUGGUCACGAAGUGCAGAAGAUGAUGCAUUACAAUUAGUAAAAUCUGACCAGAAAGUUGUUGGGAAAAAAUUCACGUUAAAUCAUACAUUUACAGUCCAAUCUAAUGACGAGGGAAGAAUAUUUAAGUGCCGAGCAACUCUUUCAAAUGAGAAUUCUGAGUUUGAAUCUUGCACAACUCGCAUCAUAAAAACAUCAAUUUUAAGUGUUAGUGUGCAACAACAGAACCCAAUAAUUCCUGGCGAUGUGGUAUGUUUUGCAUGCCAUGUGAAUGACAAUUUGAAAAAUGUGGAAAUUGAAUACACAUGGUCUUCGCAGAUGGAAAAUCUCUUACCACCGUCUCAUGAAAACAUCCAGUGUUUUGGUAAUGUCACACUGCACAAUGUGGGGGAGAUUGUUAACUGCACAGUAUAUCACAAAGGUAUGAGUGUUUCUGGAUAUUUACGAGUUCAGACCACUACAGAAACAGUAACGCCUUUAUCUGCAACUAUUUCAAAUCAGAAUCAGAUUGCUACAGCUAACUCUAAUGUAAUCAACAAAAAAACAAAUUACAUAUUUGGAAGCAACCCUGCUUUACUAUAUAUUAUGAUUGCCGUGGGUCUUUUCAUCAUAUUAGCAGGUGCUACAAUCCUUCUUGUCUGCCAUAUAACAAAUAAAAGUGGUACAGAUAAAGUAGUUAAUACUACUGAUAUUGACCUCAAAACAGUUGGGGGUGAAAUCUCUUGUGAUUCUGGCUUGGUAGAAAAUACUACAAACCAACAUGAUUAUACAGAUGAACAGCUCUGUGAUCUUGAACAGUUCAAAGUUGAAGGGUCAUCUGCAGACAUCGCAGCUACAUCAAGACCCUGUAAAGUUCAUACCUUAAAUUUCAACAUCCGAGCAUCAACAGCAGGACAUAAGGAUAUGGUCAAACACACUGUUAGUUUUAGUGGGUACCAGUGUGGGGACGGUGUUCAGUACGCCAGUGUAGAAAAACCACAAAAAUCAACAAAUGCUGUAGAUGGUGUAACUCGAAGUCAUACUCAAAAAUUAAAGCCUCGGUCAGCACUGAAGCCAUUGUCUAAGGCAUUCUCUUUAGAUCAGAGAAGAUGGAGAAAGAAUCAAGUUGAAAUGAGAGCUUUCAAUGAUUCUAUAAGAAAUGAAAUUGAUCAAUCCAGUGAGCCUCCAAAAGAAACCAGAGUACCGAGAGAAAAGGAGAUAAUAUACCUAAAUGUUGAGCAUCAUUCAAAAGACAUGAGCACAGAACAACAGGACCUUAUGAUUGAUUCAUCAACCAGAUUGGAGGCUGAGGUCCAAACUAAGAAGUCAGCGACCAUAUCUGCUUCAUCCGUUGGAAAGACAUUGAAUAUUGAAGGGUUACAAUAUGCAGACUUGGACUUCAAAGGCUGUAAAAAAAACAUAACCCACCCAGUUGUAGAAACAACACAGUAUGCGGAGAUUAGAAGAUAAAUUACAAAUAGCACAACAGUGAUUUUCUGUGAUUUUGGUUGUUAUGGUCUUGGGUUCAAUCUUCGACAACUACUAGGAAAUCUCAUGAGUGUCCUGUAAUUUUGUACAUUUUGGAUUCUUUAUAGCAAGACAUUGAUCAGAACUACUAUAUACACUAUACAAUAAUAUAUAAUUAAAUCUAAAGAGUGGAUUGUUAAUAAAAUAAAUAUAAAAGAUAUAUAUCAAGUCCGCAUAAACAACUAUGUUUAAAAUUUUCCAAAAUUGUAGAAAAAAAUCUAAAUAAAAUCACAAAUUUAAAAAUAACAGUAAAUUACAGCAGUACACAACAUAUAAUAUUAAAUUCUGCCUUGCAUUGUUUGUCAUUAAAUUGCUUAAUAUGUGUACUUGAUUAAGUAUUAAGUUGCAAUUAAAAAUUUGUAUGAAAAAAAAUUCCCGUCUAUUAACCAAGAGUAAAUAAUCCAUUGCCUGUAUCUUUUUGGUUGCUAAUCAAGUUGAAAGAUUUUUUAAAUCAACAAAAAAUUUUUGUUACUACUAUUUCUGAUUAAAAAAGUUUCUUAUUAAGUAAAAUUAUUUAUUUUAUGAUUUGGAAUGACCAAUUCAGUAUUUUAAUUGAUUUUUUUUUUCAGAUAAUCACAAACUCAGAACGUUUCUGUUAUUAUAAAUAUGAAAGUCAAAAUAGCUACAAUAACAAAUUCUGUCAACAACAAAUUAGGGCAAUCCUCAAAAAUUCAAUUAAUUAUUAGUAGUAUAGUUUACCUUCCAACCAGAAACAGAUUAUAAAUCAAAAGGAUUUAUAAAACAUUUACAAAAAUCAAUAAAUUGAUUACUAUUACGUAUUAGUUAAUUGAAGGAAACAAUAUCACCUCAUUCAAAUUUGUAAUUGUAAUUUACUGAAAAUACCAUAUAAAUGAGGCAAUUCAAAUAACUUAAUUUUUCUGUUUUUCUUUCACUUUAUUUAAAUUUGUAAUUGUAAGUUAUUUACUGAAAUAAUAUAUGUGGCAAAGACAAGCCAAACCAGUCACUCGUCG